GGGAUGUGCUCGCCACAAGCAUUCCCCAGACUUUCCUUUGUAAACCACGCUUCACACCUUUUCUCGGGGUCAAGGCAGCUGGCCUUCUUCUCUUUUCUCUUCUCUUCCCUUUUCUGCCUCUUCAUGUUUUCAGUUCUUCUUCUCAUCUCUGGUUCUCUUCUCGCUUCUCGUGUUUCUGUCAGUUUCUCUUCUUCAGUGUGUGUGUGUGUGGUGUCUCUAGCCUUCCUCUUCUCUUGGGUUUUCGCGCCUUUUUUUCUCCGUUCUCUGUCUCCUCUUGGCCAGGCUGUCCUUCCUCGCCGACCGCUCUCGCACACUCCGGGCUGACAAAACAAAAAUCCGCCACGGAAGUCGGAGGAAAAAGAACGAGAGAGGCGAGAGAACGAGGCCGCAGCGGAAACUCUGAGCUGCCGCAGGCGUGGUAUCGGCGGCAAAUGGCGCUGCAAGUGUGCCGGCGUUCCUACGCGUCGCUCGGAGUGUGAAGAUCAACCGCUCGCUGAUGAAACGAAACAUCACCCAUACACGAAGUCCUCUAGGCCUGAAGAGUCGCUCGAACUGGAGAUGAGGAGACAAGUGGAAAGCGAGGAAGAGACAGUGCGAAACAGAGACACGGAGCGAACAAGAAAAGACAGCGUGGUGCGAGAAGAGAGAGAAAACCCAGGAGACAGAAAGAAGCGCGGAGACACGGGGAGACACAGGAGAAGAACGAGAAGAGGGAGACGACGAGAGGUGAACAGAGACAGAGAGAGCGCAAGACAAGACAGAGAGAGACAGAGCAGUAGAGCGAGGAGAAAGAUGGAGAGCGAGAGACCAACGAGGAGAGAAAAACUCCUGCUGAAGAGCGAGGAAGAGCACGAACACGAGACGGAGAAAGUUCUGGGUCCUGAGGAAACGUGGAAAACCGGGAGAAGAAGGACGACAAAAAGGAAGAGAAAGAGAACACCAGAAAAGGGAAGAAAACGCGUUCUGACUCGGCGCAAACUGUCAAGUACCUGAAGUUGAUGGACAUACACGACAUCGGGAGAGGUCGCUCGAAACCCACGGGCGGCGACGCGGUUGUGAUGCCCUCCGUGUUUUCUUCCUCUUUUCUUCUUUUUCUUUUCUCUCGCGUUUUAAUCCGUUUCCCUCGUCUCUGUCUCUCGCGUCGGCUUUUCUCGUGUAUUUUCUCUUUGCGCGCUGCUUCUUCACUGGCAUCUUGAGGACAGGUUCUGAUGUCUCCGCGAGUGACUCUCGCCACCGCCAUUGCUGCCUCUGCUUUCGCUUUUCGUUCCUUCGGUGCCUCGGUUUUUAUUUCUUUCCUUUGCCCUUGCAUCGUCGCGUGCAAUAAACGGAGAAAACUUUCCGAAGUUCUUCCUCUUCUGCGUCGUUCUUUGCGGAUCCACACCCAAGUCCCUCGGGGGUGUAUCGACUCCCGGCUGCCAGCGAGCUAGAAAAGGACUCCCUCCGACACCCUGCGGUGACGCGCGUUCUCCUCUCGAGUUUUCUUCCUUUUUUCCCCCACCUGCCAGCUUUCUUCCUCGCUCGCGUUCCGUUCCUUUUUCUUUUAUGGUGUUGCCUUCCGGCUUUUGUCGCGGCGGCUCCCGCCUCUUCGGCAUCCCGCGCGGAGUCGACAAGCCAUGAAAAGACGUAGCAGAAACGCACCCUUCUUCACACUGUUUUCUUCGACACACCUAUUUCCUUCUACACUUCUCAAACAGCUGGUCCCAACGGCCGAAAGACCUCGAGGGAGAGAAAGGGAAAUCCAUGAUUCCAUAUAUAUAUAUAUAUAUAUAUAUGUGAAUUGUGCAUAAAGUUAUGCACGGACGUAUGCCGAAUCAAAAACAUAUACACAGCUAUGUGCACAUGCGGAUCUACAGAAACUGAGACAUGAGCAGAUACUGAUACGUCUUUGUCUCUCCGUCUUGCCCCGGGUGUUUCUCUCUUCCACCACCGAGCUUAAACCCUGUAUAUAUAUAUAUAUAUGUAUACAUAUAUAUAUAUAUAUAUAUAUAUAUCCGUUUCUGUCUCUGUGUCGAGUUCGUUUGUUUGUGAAUACAUUGUUUUUUGAAAGAAGUCACUUUUUUUGCCUCACCCUUUUCCUCUCCAGUGCAUGCAGUUCAGGACAUUGCGUCUUCUGUUUUCUUUCUUCCGCACGUUGGCCGCUGCCUUGCCCCCAUCGUCUUCCCCGUUUCUCAUUUUCGUCCUAUCCGUUUUCGUUUUUUCUUCUUUUUCUUUUUUCUCCUUUUUUCUUCUUUUCCAAGGUCGUCGCGAUGGGCUCUCUGUCGCCCGGAGAGGCUUCCGACUUCCUCUUCGGCGAAAAGGAAAGUGGAGGAGACGAAGCUGGCGACUCCUUGUCUUCCAAGCACAGCAACACGAUGACUCGGGGGUUGCCAGAAGGCGAGAAGAAAGGAGAUGCAAGGAAGGAAGAGGUGAAAGAGGGAGAUGUGAAAAAGGAAGAUUCAGGGAACGAAGGCGAGAAAGAAGAAGCUGAGGAAAACCACCGGAGGGAACCGCUUGCACAUGCGAAACGCAGAGGGAGGCGCUUGUCAUCAGGAAAGGCUCAGAGUCGAUCCUCGACGUCCGAGUCGGGACUCCAUUCCGGCCGACAACGUGUGCCAUUGCUCAGUCUGCCGUUCACGACCUGCAGCCUAGCCGGCAGCGGCGUCAGGCUGGACGGCGUUCUCUGGGUGUCGGAGUCGAUGGUCGUUUCUGAGCUUUCUCGCUCGUCCUUCGCAGGAGACUCUUCCGAGCAAAACUCGCUCCGACACACGCACUCGCUGUCUCCUGUUUCUCAGCCUCACUCUUCUUCCUCGAGAGAAGGAGUGACAGAGACCGCAGAGAAGGGGGAGAGCAAGCCGCGUGAUGAACUGGCUGAAGAUGGAAAGUUUCGUCAUUUGAGACUUGGGGCUUCUCCAAUCGCAGUUUUUGUGCACCAGUACUCUCUGAUGGGUGGCCGAAGGUUCUUGGUCGAUGGGAAGGCGCGCAUUCUCGCCAGUCGAGGAAUACCGUGCAUCACGUUCGACCUGCGAGGCGCCGGAACCUCCGGCGGAAGAGCGACCCUCACAGGGAGUUCGGAGGUGAAAGACACUGUGGCGGUGUGCGAAUGGGCAAAGAAUAAUCUCGACGCAAGAACGAUUUUCCUCAUUGGGACUUCUGCGGGAGCUGCUAUCAGCGGGAGCGCUGUGCCUCUCGUCCCCGAAGUCAAGGGGUGGGUGGGCAUAGGCUACACAUUCGGCUUCUUCGCGUCGCUGCUCUUCAGUCGCCACUUUCAAAGCAUUCUAGAGAGCCCCAAACCGAAGCUGUUCAUUCACGGAGGCGGAGAUGGCUUCACGUCAACUUCCACCUUUGAACAUUUCUUCAACAAAGCGGCAGAGCCGAAGGAGAAGCUGAUCGUCGAGGAUGUCGGGCACUUUGACUUGGAGGGUCCGGACUACGACCCCCUUCUGUGCGACGUCAUUUUCCAGUUCAUCGAGAAGUUCUCUGCAACGCGAGUCCGUCGGUGGAAGUCUCCGUUUUCUCAUUGAGAAACUCCACGUUUCAGUUGUUCUCUCGAGGCUCCGAAGGCAAAGAGUUUUUGAGAGCAGAGCGGCCGGGAGACGCAGCAGCUUUCGUCGGGGCGGGAGAAACAGGAAGUUCACAGGGAGCGCUGAAGAAAACUCGUCUUCACGUGGAAAGCAGAUUCGGAGAGACGAGGCGCCCUGGUUCCGCGACUGCAUGCGGGGAGAUUUCUGCAGAUGUGCAGUCGAGCAAGGGAUGCGCGUUUUCUAAACACAUUUCCCCCGAGAGAGACCCUUUCUGCAGGCGCGCUUGUUUUUUCCUUGUCUCGUCGGUUCCGUGUAGAAUGCGUUGUCGCGGUCAGAGCGUGUGGCACUCGUGAAUUCUUUUUCCCGUGGGUUUGUCAAGACACCUGCGAUUUCGGAGCGUCUUUGCCGCGUUCUUCCCUGUUUGACGGACCAGAAACGUUUUCGUCGUGUGGACGAUGCGCAGAAUGCAUGAACGCAACUUCUUCGUAGCGCGCCGUGGGCUAUGUCAGAGUUGCGGUGUCUGUCGGUCUGUUUUUACCACCCCAGCCGCGAGGCUGCCUGAGUGAUUCAGCAGCCAGCGCCCUUUCUGUGCAAGUGCACUUCACAGGUUUUUACCGCGGAAACUUCGAACAGAGUAUCAAGGUCUUUGUCGGGAGGUCUGCAAGUUUUUCAGCAGUCCUGAUGGCGGAAAUCCGCGGGGUGGACUGCAAAGCGUUUCUACUUCGCAUGACAUGAGGGUUGCAUGGCUGGAAUUGUCGUUCUUCAGCUGC